CGGGUCAGGGCUAAGAGCGGCCCCGCAGCCGCCAGGAGGGCGGGAGCGGCAGCCACCCUCGCCUCCUCCUCAGGUGCUGCUGCCGGUGGCGCGGCCUCCCCGCCGGCUCCCUAUGGUGCGCUUCAAGGAUGGCGAAGAGACCGCGCAGUGAAGAUGAUGACGAUGACCUUCAGUAUGCAGAUCAUGACUAUGAAGUACCACAGCAAAAAGGGCUGAAAAAGAUAUGCAACAGAGUAAAAUGGACACGUGAUGAGGAUGAAAAGUUAAAGAAACUAGUAGAACAAAAUGGAACAGAUGAUUGGGCUUUCAUUGCUAGUCACCUACAAAAUCGUUCAGAUUUUCAGUGUCAGCAUCGGUGGCAGAAGGUCCUUAACCCGGAAUUGAUUAAAGGUCCCUGGACAAAAGAAGAGGAUCAAAGGGUUAUUGAAUUGGUUCAGAAGUAUGGUCCAAAACGCUGGUCUUUAAUUGCAAAACACCUGAAAGGAAGAAUAGGCAAGCAAUGCAGGGAGAGAUGGCAUAAUCAUCUCAAUCCUGAGGUAAAGAAAUCUUCAUGGACAGAAGAAGAAGACAGAAUAAUUUAUGAAGCUCACAAGCGCUUGGGAAACCGGUGGGCUGAAAUUGCUAAGCUUCUCCCUGGAAGGACAGACAAUUCAAUCAAAAAUCAUUGGAAUUCCACUAUGCGAAGAAAAGUGGAACAGGAAGGGUACUUACAAGAUGGCAUCAGGUCUGAGCGACCUAGUUCAUCAAAACUUCAACACAAAUCCUGUGUCAGUGUGGAACAUUUGCAAACUCCAAAUCAGUUUUACAUACCAGUUCAGGCACAUAUUCCAGGAUACCAAUAUGCAUCAUCGGAAGGCAGCUGUAUAGAACAUAUCCCAGCUUCUGCCAACUUUAUUCAGCAGCCAUUUAUUGAUGAUGAUCCUGAUAAAGAAAAGAAAAUAAAGGAACUUGAGCUGCUGCUUAUGUCAGCUGAGAACGAAAUCAGAAGAAAGAGAGUAUCAUCUCAAACUGCAAGUUUGUCCAGUUGGUCUGGAAGCUUCAUCAUGGAAGACAGUGUAUCUAAUACUCUAAAUAACCUUGGGGAGCAGACAGGCGAGUUUUAUAGCAUGGAUGAAGCCCAGGGUGCUUCUCUUCAGCAGAAUUCACCGACCAAGUACUUGGCUGUGGAGGCAAAUGCAGUGUUGUCAUCUUUACAGACUAUUCCAGAAUUUGCAGAAACACUAGAGCUUAUUGAAUCUGAUCCAGUAGCUUGGAGUGAUGUUACCAGCUUUGACCUUUCAGAAGCUGCUACCUCCCCUGUUAAGCCUGCUCCAGUAAAAUUAAUGCGGAUUCAGCACAAUGAAGGGGCAACAGAGUGCCAGUUCAAUGUUAAUGUUAUGUUUGAUGGAAAAAAAAAUAAUAGUAGCAGUGGAGAAGAGGAGGCGAUUCUUUCUCCACCUCCUACUAUAGCCAAGUUCAGCACUCCACCUACAAUCCUGAGGAAGAAAAAAAGAUUAAGAGUUGGACAGUCACCAGCGAAUGAAAUGAAUGAUGGCUUUUCUAAUGAUGCUGUCAAUGCUGCACUAAAACAAACACCAGUGAAAACACUACCCUUUUCCCCAUCACAGUUUUUCAAUACAUGCUCUGGAAAUGAACAGUUCAACCUUGAAAAUCCUGCAUUUACAUCCACUCCAAUUUGUGGACAGAAGGUCCUUAUCACAACUCCUCUCCACAAGGAAAUGACACCGAAAGAUCAGAAAGAAAAUGCAGGUUUUAGAACUCCAACAAUUAGAAGGUCUUUGCUGGGUACUACACCAAGAACUCCAACUCCUUUUAAGAAUGCUUUAGCUGCUCAGGAGAAAAAAUAUGGCCCCCUCAAAAUUGUGUCGCAACCACUUGCCUUCUUGGAAGAAGAUAUCAGAGAAGUUUUAAAAGAGGAAACUGGAACAGACAUAUUCCUCAAGGAGGAAGAUGACUCUGUCUAUAAAACCUGCAAGCAAGAGCACACUUCUAGUAAGAAAGUCAGAAAAUCAUUGGUCUUGGAUCCAUGGGAAAAAGAAGAACUUGGUGCCCAACUCUUCACAGAAGAUAAUGGUUUGGAUGUGCAGUCAGAAAAUGCCUAUACUACAUCUUUACUAAUGAUACCAUUGUUGGAAAUACAUGACAACAGAUGUAAUCUGAUGCCGGAGAAGCAGGAUACAAGCUCGGCAAACAAAGUGAAUGCAGUAAUUAAAAAGAAAUUGAAUGCUUGCACUUCAAAAAAUAUCAAAAUGGAAAAGUCUCUUCAGUCAAAUUGUGAAUGGGAAGCUGUUGUUUAUGGAAAAACAGAAGAUCAACUUAUCAUGACUGAACAAGCAAGAAGAUAUUUGAGCACGUAUACAGCUACCAGUAGCACUUCAAGGGCUCUAAUAUUGUGAUGAUUUCUGCAACUGACGGCCAUUCUUUCCUCAUGAAAUGAACUCUAUACUGAAGGAGAUUUCAGCAAAAUACAUGUAAAUUAAGUCUUUAGUUUGAGAGAGACUUCAAAAGGAAAUCUUAAGUCUCUUUCAAGUGACAAAGGGCAGACACACAGCUUUGGCCUUUUCAAGUAAGGGAUAGCAUAAGCCAGAAUGAAUUUUUUUAAUAUUUCAAAAAACGAAAAUGUAAAAACAGUAAAGAACAUUGCAGUGAAUGUCAGCAUACACUUUUAUCUUAAUUUUUCAUAUUUAUUCUUAAUGACUUAAAUUUCUACUUUCCUAUUAGUACAUUUUUGAUGUAGGGUACGUUUACAGGUCCUUAACAUUUCUUUUUUGGAUGAACAACGUGUGACUGUAUGAACGUGCUUUUGCUUAAGUGUUCAGUUGCUUCUGUAGCAAAUUUUCUAGCGUAUAAAGAAACACAACGCAAAGGUGCCUGAAGGAAGGAUAGAAAGUUGCACUACUAGUUGUUGGUAUGCUGCACAAACGAUGAAAUUUAACUACAGUGUUAACUAUUUAUUUGAAAAUGGUACUAGAAAUGAGUAGGAAAAGGGUGAAUUAAGUUUCACAUCAGUGUAAAGCAUCAGUAUUUUCUUCAGUCUCAGAAACUGAGACCAUUGUUGAAUGUAUUGUACAGUAGGUAGGAACAGGGAAACUUUUGUAAAUUGGAAAGGAGUAUGUGUUUAUAAUUUAUUUUCCUUUUUAAAGCUUAAUAGAUAUUUAUGUAUAUGCAGGUUGUCUAGAAGCCAAUGUUGUUUCCUGUUAUAACAGUAAAAAUGGUAAAGGACAAGUUUUAACUUUUGAAGUAUAGAAUAGCAGUAAAAUUACAUACUACAAAGCAUACAAAUCUGUACUUCGUUACAUCUACUUAAGGAUUGCACUAUAUAACUUUUAAAUCAUGUUGGUCUACAAAGUAGUUAUAAAGUAUGCCUUCACUAUACAGUGAUUCCAAUAACUUGUUUUAAUUAAUAUAUUUAGACUGGGAGCUUGAGACCUAGUAUAUGACCUAGUGUUUGGGUCCUAUACAUAAACUAGAAAUUAAUUAAUUUUAUUACAUGUUUUUAAAAAAAGAACUUGGCACCUUGAUUCUUAAAACAGUCUUAUCUGCACUUAGAAGUUUGACCAUAUAUACACUAAACUUGUGAAGUCGGCAUUUUUUUAUUUAUGAAAAUCUUUGUCCUUAUUUAAACUUUUACAGGUUACAACAGUUGCUUCAGUUGCCUAUUUUAGGUAUUUGCACUUAUGGUUUUUUCCUUUUUUUUUGUUUUGAAGGAAUGUCUUGUUUGCUUUUGUGGUAGAUAUUUUAUAUAGUUAACUUCUUGCAGAUUUAUAAUGGUGUGCUAUCAACAAAUACUGACAGGUAAAUAGAAUUGUAUACUGUAGUUGUAGCUAUUUAUAAUUCAGACACUCUCUUCCUCUCCACUCCCGGGUGUGCUGCUAUAGAUAAUAGCAGAAUCGGCUUGCUGCUAUGAGAGAUGGAAAGAGCGAGCAUCAUAUGCACUGUAUGUAAAAUUACAAAAGAAAAAUGAUGUUUGGUUCUCUGGUUAAUGAGAUCAACCAUUGCUAUGCAGGAUGUAGCAAAAAUCCUACCAGGCAAUACCAAAAAUGAUAGAAAAUGGUUUGUAACUCCAAAAGUUUAACAUCUGGUGUGUGGUACAAGAAAAGUAAUUUGUGUGGUUAUUGGAAUACUUUUUAAAAACAGUUCAGGGCUGCCACAUUCCCAUUUUAAAUGAGCAUUUAAAUGCCUAGCUGCUGUUAGCAUUACAAACUUUCAGCAACUUUCAAAUCAAAUCAAUACUUCAGCAGAAAAUCCUGUAAAAUAGAAAUCGAAAAUCCUUUUUGUGCCAGGAUUAUUCCUCAUUCUUGUCAAAUUAGGAGGAGCCAACUAGAAUUCCUUGGCAGUGGUGGUUUUGUUGUAUUUAUAAUUAGCAAUAGAUUUCACAAGCAAAAUGCUACUUGCAGUACAAAAUGAAUUCAUAAAGGAUUAAAUAGAUAUUAUAAUCCUUUCAUGCCAGGAGCUGGAUUUUUCCAUGGACUUUUUAGUAGAAAUUGUUGCACCAAAGCCACCAAUACCAUGGUUGAAAUAGAUUUAUGAUAAGUAGUAUUAAUUUUGAGUUGGUAUUGGUUGAAUCUUCUAGUUAACUGCUUCUUUGUUGCUUUAGCAAGAAGGUUUUACUUUUUGACAUGUCAGGCAUCUUUUUAUUAUCUUUUGAAUGUUGUGUGCAUUUGCAUUUUUUUCAGUUUAUAAGUAGAUUGUACAUGUAGCAGCCAAACAUGCAUGAAAACUGAAUACAUGUAUAAUACUCCAUUUUUUGUUUUAAGGUUUUGACAAGAUAUACAACAAAUGCCUUGAUUUAAGCUUAGUUUUUUGUUUUACUACAAACUUUGUUUCAUGUAUGAAUCUUGCGUACAGUACAGACCCAUAUUAACAUCAGAAAUAAAGCAUCUAUGUACCAGGUUA